UUCACACUCAACUCUUUGUACAUCAUCAUCACCUCCAUCCCAUCCCCAUUCCCAUUACUAGAUAACAGAAUAAAUGGAAACUCCAUCUUGGGCCUCUUACUUAGCAGCAUGGCUUGCCACACUAGCCAUCGUCCUCCUCUCCCUCCGUCUCCGCCGUCGCCGUCAACUCAACUUGCCGCCGGGUCCAAAGCCCUGGCCCAUAAUCGGCAACCUCAACCUCAUGGGCUCGCUUCCCCACCGGUCCAUCCAUGCCCUUUCCCAAAAAUAUGGGCCCAUCAUGCAACUUCGGUUCGGGUCAUUCCCCGUUGUCGUGGGCUCUUCUGCUGAAAUUGCCAAGAGUAUUCUUAGAACUCAUGAUGUUACCUUCGCUGGCCGGCCUAAAAUUGCCGCAGGCAAAUACACUACUUACGAUUACUCUGAUAUUACGUGGUCGCCGUACGGCCCGUAUUGGCGUCAAGCACGUAAAAUGUGCCUAACAGAACUUUUUAGUGCGAAACGCCUAGAGUCAUACGAGUAUAUCCGAAGAGAAGAAAUGAAUUUGUUCCUAAAAGGCUUGUACAGCUUAUCCGGUACCCCAAUUUGUUUGAAAGAUCAUCUUUCGAGUUUGAGUCUUAACGUAAUCAGUAGAAUGGUGUUGGGGAAAAAAUACACGGAUGGGACUGGUGAAAAUGAGAUUGUCUCCCCGAAGGAGUUCAAGGAGAUGCUUGAUGAGUUGUUCCUGCUUAACGGGGUGCUGGAUAUAGGCGACUCGAUUCCCUGGCUCAGUUUCCUGGAUUUGCAAGGUUAUAUUAAGAGAAUGAAGGCACUGAGCAAGAAGUUCGACAGAUUCUUGGAGCACGUUUUGGAUGAACAUAAUGCUAGGAGAAAAGGGGACAAAGAUUAUGUUGCUAAGGAUAUGGUGGAUGUGCUUUUGCAGCUAGCUGAUGAUCCCAAUCUUGAUGUCAAGCUUGAAAGGAAUGGUGUUAAGGCAUUUACUCAGGAUUUGAUAGCUGGUGGAACCGAGAGUUCAGCAGUGACCAUAGAAUGGGCAUUUUCGGAGCUUUUGAAAAAGCCAGAAAUUUUUGCGAAGGCCACGGAAGAACUAGACAGGGUAAUCGGCAGAGAUAGAUGGGUAGAAGAAAAUGACAUUGCGAACCUACCCUACGUCAACUCAAUUGCUAAAGAGACUAUGCGUUUGCACCCUGUGGCACCCAUGCUGGUGCCUCGCCUUGCUCGAGCAGACUGCCAAAUAGCUGGUUAUGACAUUCUUAAGGACACUAGAGUUCUCGUAAACGUAUGGACAAUCGGGAGAGACCCUACUCUUUGGGACAACCCCGAUGAAUUUUGCCCCGACAGAUUCAUUGGGAAGGCUAUCGAUGUCAAAGGACAUGAUUUUGAGCUGCUCCCGUUUGGGGCUGGAAGGAGGAUGUGCCCUGGAUAUCCUCUCGGGAUUAAGGUCAUUCAAGCAAGUUUGGCUAAUCUUUUACAUGGGUUUACUUGGAAAUUGCCUGGUAACAUGGCAAAAGAAGAUCUCAAUAUGGAGGAAACUUUCGGGCUUUCCACUCCUAAAAAAUUCCCACUUGAGGCUGUGGCACAGCCUAGGCUCCCACUUGACAUGUACUCUCAGUGAUUAUACAGUAUCUUGUUUUCAGUCUCUAUCUAAUAAUUUAAGGUGGCGUUUGGUACAUUACAAUGUAAUGUG